AUGCGCUGGGAAAGAGUAGUUUCAUCAUCCUAUGGGAACAAUUUGGUUGGAGAAACAUACGGCCGAAAAGUUUCUUCGACUUAUUGGUACGGCCGUGAGAAUCGUUGGGUGCCUAAUUGACAACAAAAAGGGACCUCACACGAGUCGAGAAAUCCCACGGAAGAAGCGAGUUUUUGCCUGGACUUUUGGCAAGGAGGAAGGAACGUCGUGGCACGGGCGGAUUCAGACUUUCGAGAGCUGCAGCAGCAGUCCGAAACGUGAGUCUGAUGGGUCUGAGCACGGCUUCGUCGGUCCAACUCGUCUAUGGCCUUCCUAACCUAGCCCUCAUGAUCUUCUUCUUCUUCCUAUUGGCGUGUGCAAAUUCCUUCGAGUACUCUUUCUACAGGAUGGUUCAGUUCGACUUGCUGGUUGUGAGUUUACCUAGUUAAUUUAUUUUGCAAGCCUUAAACCGGAGGUACAAAAAACUGUUUAUAACUUCAAAUUGUGUUCUCAAAUAGUCAAAAGAUCCUAUAAGCAAUGAUAGAGGAUGCCUCACCUGCAAUACUUUUAAGUUUUCGAUAGAAGACGCUUCAAACUGUCAUUUCAAAAAGUGAUCUCCUUAUUUUAAAAGAACUUGCGUGUGAUAAGGUUUAUUUCAUUCAUUUUUGACAAGAUAGUCGAUUGAAACAGAACAAAUUGACUGCUAGCUCAGUAAAAAAAAAACAAGGGAAACUUUGCUCGCUCAUUUCAGCAUAUUGAUGAAAUUCCAGGUCUCAUUCCUUAAAAUUAUACUGACUUUGUCUGAAGAAAGUUCAUUUUUCUAAACUUUUUCUAACUUAGAAGUCUUCGCAACAGGUCUCAAACAGCUCAACCCGAAACCGCAGAACAGAGUAAUUUAAAAAUAGAAAAUAACCGUCUAUUUUUCCCCAACCCAUAAAAUUUGAUGGGAAAACGUUGCAACACAUUGCAAAAAGAGGAAAUUUCGUGACUAGUUCAGCAUAACUUCCUUUGUGAAUCCUUCAAGAAAUCCGAAUAAUUCUCAAAAUAUUAAAUGAGUUUUUCAGAACGCAUGUUGCUACAUAAACACUUGGAUGUUCCUCCGACUUCCAAACGAAUCUUUCGGUCCUCAGUUCCAGGUAGCUGUCGAAUUAUUCAACCCCUACAUUCUCGACACGGUUCAUGUUCUUGGUCCAUGGUAAGAAUUCCGAGUAGUUCAUUAUCAAAGAAUGAAAUUUCUGGUUUUUCCACGUUCAAAGCCUUUCCACGUUGACUCUAUCCACUCAUCGACUAACCACCAUGAAGUUUUUAAACGCCGAUAAGGUCAAUAGCGAGGAAACCGAAUGAACGAUUUGACAAUCACUUUCAGAUGUGGAACAAGUUCUACUGGAUCGCUGCACUAAUUAUUGUUUUCUACGGCAAUUCGAUCUCUCUGGUUCUGCGACUUCUUGGCUACGACCUCAAAAUUUGGGUAGAAAACGGUGUUAUAAAAAAGGAGUUGGUAAGUAUUCACCAUCUAUUCAAGAGAUAAUUUAUUUUUAGUACAACUCAAAACUAAUGUUUCAAAUGAACCCUUGGUUCGCUUUGGUCUAUUUUCUGCUGAUAAUCUCAUCUGGUCUACUCUCGAUCCGAAUGGCUCAAUCAAAAUUCAGAAGUUUGAUUCCGAAAAGAUGAAUUAAACAGAAAAUGAUUUGUUAGCAGUGAGCUCCAACAAAACAACGGCUUUUGUGAGGAAAUUGGCGCUGAUAACAGUCGUCAACAGUAUCCUCAGCUCGGGGAACUUGCUCUACACGGUGAAUCUUUAUAAGGAUUAAACAGGAUUGUUGAUGAUCCUUUUCCAGUUCGUUUUCGGCUUCUUCGCCUUUUUCAACAUACAGCUCUUCAAUUCUGGAAUCAGCGGGAUCAUCGUUCCCUACACUUCCGAUAUGGUAGAGUCUUUUUUAGCAAGUUUGAUUCAUAGUGGCUCCAGGCAAUUUUGUCAACUUUAGUUGCUUUUAGGCGUUAUCUUGAAGCAAACACUACAAAGCCUUACCCAAAACUGCGGGAAGCUGGCUUAACGCUUUCCAAUAUUAAGGAAGUGAGCUUCAAGUGAGAAUUAUCUUUCCUGCUUGGCUAAUCGCACUUUUUUUUCAACUAUUUUUGGGAAUUUUGUCCGAUGCAGCCUAUUUUUCAGUCUUUAAAAACUGAAACAUUUUCCUUGAUUCGAAAAAUUUUAUCCGCCUUUCAGGUAACUUUGACUCUACCAUUGAUCCUGUUAACAUUCGAUGGAAACGUCCAAAAAUUCUUCAAAAUGAAGAGAGAUCCAAAGUCGGGAAAUAUCACGAUCGUAACGUCGACUCACGAUAAUUAGUAAAAUAUAUAUUUUUUUGUUUUUCUAUAAAGUGAUUCAUUUUAAUAUCCAAGCACUUAUCAAAAAAAAAAACCUUGUACUUUUACCCAGACUUUUGAUUCGAUUAUCACCGUUUUCUACGGAGUUUGAUGAAGCUGAUGACACCUGCAGACACUUAAUCAUGAUAAGACUUGAUUAAUGUUGCUCUUUCUGAUGGAAAAACUCUCAUUUCUCUUGUUUCUAUUGUUGAAGAGAGGUUUUCAAAAGUUCUUCUAGGGCACAUGGAAAACUUCACAUGAUCGUCACCUUUUUCCUUAAAAGUAAUGAUAGCAUGUGGACUUUAAACGUAACAAUUAGGCAGACAAAUUUUGCCGAAUUCCAAAAAAGUGGUUUUAGGUUGGCCCAUCCAUUAUGUCACACUUCUCUGCAACGUAGGAUCCUUUUAAACGAGUUUUUUUAUCGCUGCUCAAAUAAGAGUUCUUGACAAGAUCAAAUUUAACAGACGUAUUAUUUAGACACUGACAAUAUUUUCUUUUUUCAAGAAAAUGCUAGCCGACAAUCGUAUUUUCGGUAGUCCUGAGAUCGAAUAUAGAAAAGAAAAAAAAUUUAAAAAUUUGAGCUUGUGCAUAAAAUAAAAAUGGUUCGUAAAAAUGAUUACACUUGAACUUUGAUUGCAGCUUGACCUUUUUCUCUUUAAAGCUGAUCUAUCAAAACCGGUUUUUUACAACCGAAAAACGACACAGUUUUAAAAAAAAAACACGACAACCCAAUAAUUUAAGCUGAAUCAUAUUUUGGCCCAGUUCAAAGGCUAAGUUUUGGGAAUUUGUUCAUGUUUAGGUUGAACAGAAAAUAAUUGAUGGAUUCAAGUAAAAUCUUUAUUUCCUAUUCCGCUAAUCGUUUCUGGUUCUAAGACAAAUUUAGAAAAGAUAAACGAAAACGUUGAUCUCCUCAAACUCUUUAUUAAACCGAAAAUGAGCGAACUGAACUUAUUUUGUCUAUUCUCAUAAUACCCUACUCCUUUGAAACUCGGUGCAAACUGCUUGUGGAUUUAGUAUAAACGGUCGAAGAAAAAUCGAGGGAAAUGAAAUCUCUUGCAUUCUUGUAAAACCUCAAAAAUCUUUUUUGUUUUUCAGGCUUUUCAUGACCUUGUCAACCUAUACAACGAUUCAACUCAUUUACGGAGUUCCUAGCCUAUUUCUCAUGAUUUUCUUCCUACUCGCUUUGAGCUUGAGCAAAUUUUUCAAAUACUCAUUUUAUCGCAUGGUUCAGUUCGAUCUCAUCAUAGUGAGUUUGAAACAGUUAUGAUCCUGAAAAAUGUUGUAAAGAUAGGAUCAAUGCGUCGGGUCAAUGAGCGGCUAAUUUGAGCCAAGCAGUUUUAGUGUAAAGGGCUCAAUGAGUUGAUUAUCGAUAGAUAACAUUCUUUUUACUUCAAAUGGUACCCAAAUCAUUGCAAUAUACUUAGUCUACAUGAAGUUAUAAAAUGUGAUGAUAUCAAACGGGAAAGUUUCAAACUAAUCUAUGGCGUUUCCAAAAAGAGAUUCUGCUAUUUCAGAAUCUUUUUUGCUACCUAAACACCUGGUUAUCCCUCCGGUUCUUCAUAGAGGAAUGCGGAAUGGAAAUUCUCGUUUAUCUUGCCAAAAAAAGUUCGGUGAUUCUCGACGCAUCGCAUGUUUUUCUGGAAUGGUGAGAACAAAACUAUUUCAUUUUUGGUUUCCUAAUUACGCAUAGUACCGGACUUUGACCAUAGAAGUGUACAUUAUAACGAGAAAAUCUCGAAUAAUAAGAUUUUUUUUUCAGGUUUUUCCACGCUCAAAGUCUGUCUGGUUUUUUUCUUUGCGCACAUCGACUGACCAGCGCGUUGUUUCUCCGUUCUGAUGAGGUCAGAGCGAAUAUUUUCCGGAAACUAACGAGACGUUUCAGACUGGGGGCAAACAUUACUGGCUGAUAGUCUUUGCAAGCGUCGUCUACAGUUCUGCGAUCCCUUUGACUUUCUUAUUCUUUGGUUCAAUGACGACUUAUGAGCUAGUGAACGACAGAAUAACGAUCAGACCGGUGAGCAUAAAAAGAAAUUUAUUAUCGCCACUUCCUAAAUUGAUGUCUUCAUACUCUAAGUUUUUUUUCUUCGAAAAAUCUGCAUUUUUUUACUCUAGAACCGUUUAUUUUUCGCCCACUACUCGUUAAUCGUUACAACACCCAUCUCUCAUAACUCCCAGGUUCCUACAAAUUUUUCCGAAAAAGUUUUUUUGUAGCAAAACAUGCAUCUGAUCGUUCUCCUGAACCCAGUUUUCGCCUGCAUCUACUUCACUAUGAUUUUCUCGUCCGGAUUAGCAACUUUCUGCACCUUGGGAAAAAGGCUAGAAGGUAUACCUAAUUAGGAAACACUUCCUGCUUUAAAAAAGUAAAAAGCCGGAAGGAAAAAACUUUCCGUGUCGAAAGUCCAAUAGUUCAAAAGUAAUGUCGCAUUAUGCUCAAUCAUUCCAGAAUGCUUUAGAAAAAUGAACAAUUUUCAGUCCUGUACUCCGUACGAAAAACCAUAUCCACUCGCAAGAUGGCUCUAAUAACUAUCAUCAACAGUUUUGUGAUUUCCGGCAACUUGUUUUAUACGGUAAUCUUUUUAUAAUCAAUCAAACCAGCUAUAAACAAGAAUCAAAAAAACUCUAUUUUGGUUUUUGCAAAAGGUAUAUCAGUUUUCUUUUUGUGCAGUGUAAAUAAAUAUUUGAGAUGAUUUUUUUACAACUUUUACAGAAGGAAAAUUUGACUCAAGAAGCCUCAGUCUUUGAAUCAAAACUUUCAGAUCAUAUACGGCGUAAUGACGGCCUUCCAUUUCACAGCGCCAUACUUUCUCUCAGUCCGAGUUCUUUUGUUAUCUUCUGACAUGGUUUCACAAAAGUUUCGAUCUAAAUUCAAUAUCUUUUAAUUCCAGAUCACUCUUGCCAUGCCGUGGAUUCUGCUAUUUUUGGAUAGGAACGUCGGAAAAAUGCUCGGCUUCACUAUAACUACCAAAAAAAGCGUCCGAAGUAUAACCUAA